AUGUCAGUAGGCGUUUACAAAAUCCCGGAUAUUACUUACGAAUUGCUAUGGAAGCUAUUGAAAGAAUUACGAUGUAGCAGAAAGGUUGUAAUUACGAUCAAGAAUCACUCACAACAUUCCUUUUGCGAAAAACCUAAAGUAUACUUUGAAUCCGGGUCAUCACGAGAAGGGAUUCCUGUAGAUCCUGUAUUAAGCGGUGAAGGGCUGGUUUGGCGUGCCCGUAAGACCUCAUACUCAACUAAAGGAACGCGAGGACUCAUAGUGUACUAUAUUGCGGGACUCAAGAAGUCUUUAGUUUUUAUGUGGAGUAUUCCGUAUGCAUAUGUUUUCGGUCAUAGAAACUGGUGGAACAUUAAAGUUUAUGACGGUGUUGUCGAACCUUGUCAUGAAUUGUUCAAGGCCAUGCGUGAUGGUCGCAUUCCAGGAAACAGCAGCUCUCACGGCGGGGAUCUACCAGGUGGUUUGAGUUACGUUGGAUCGAUGGGAAACGCCGGACAGUCUAUUGUCAAGGUUAAUAUCAAAGACACCUCCUACGACAUCAAAAAAGAAUAA